AUGCAAAAGACGAAGAGAAAAACUGGAUUGUACAAGCCAUAUUACAAUCUUAUAGAAUAUGUUCUACCCGUUAAUAUUGUUCUGGGUAUAAUUGGUAAUCUAUUUAAUAUUGUAAUAUUCACUCGCAGACAAUUACAAAAACAAUCAUGUACACGGAUUUUAUUAGUUCAAUCUAUUAUCAAUAUUUGUUAUAUAAUUUUAAAUCAACCAGUGAAUACGUUAGCUGAAGGUUAUCAUAUUGAUUUACGUCUAAAAUCUAAUACAUUUUGUAAACUUUACUUCUAUAUGUCCUACGUAUUACUAUUACAAUCUGAAUGGUUACUUGUUUUAGCUUGUAUUGAUCGAUGGACAUCAAGUUCUCUCAAUGCUCAAUAUCGUCGUUUUAGCCAAUUAAAAACAACUAAAUAUACAAUACCAGGAAUAUUAACUAUUUGUUGUUUAUUAUUUAGUCAUGUACCAUGGUAUUAUCAAAUUCAAACUGGAUCAAUGACUAGUGUAUGUGCAGCAUCAGAUAUUGUUUACAAUAGAUUUUUACAAAUUUUCUAUAUGACUGUCUACUCGAUAUUAUCUCCAAUUGUACUUAUUGUGUUUGGUUUAUUAACAAUAGAAAAUGUUCGACAACAACGACGUCGAAUUCUUCCUCAAGAACCAACAGUUUUUAAAGUAUACCGUCGACGUGAUCGACAAGUUAUUAAACUUAUUUCAAUACAAACAAUCACGUUUAUUGUUGUUGUAUCACCAUUAGGGAUGAUGUCCGUUUUAAAUGCAUUAACAUUACCAACACCAUUAAUACAAUUGAAUAUUCGUAAAUUAUUUCUUUUACGAGAAUUUUUAAAAGUUCUAAAUCAAAUAUUUAAACGUUUACUUGGCUUAACAAUUAUUGAACGUCAUUUCUUACAACAACAUCAACCAACAUUUACAUUCCAAAAAUUUAUUCAAAGCACAAAUAAUUGA